GUGAUGCAGCAUAAUAAUCUGAAAUCCUCUUCUGAAGUUCUAUAAUGUCUACUUCGGUGGUCUUGACUGCUCUUUUGGGCCUGUUUAGUUUGAGUCAGGCAUCUCUGCCAGACUGUAAGGAGCUCAUAACACCGCUAACCCUGGAGGAUGACAAUAAAAGUAUCAUGGGUAAAUGGAUCUUCCUUGAAGGCAUAGCUGAUCACCACUUAUUUACAGCUUUCUUGAAGACUGUGAACAGCUCAUGGGUAGAGUUUGGCCCAAGCACUCUUGCAAACACUUUAACCCUCAGUCAAGGGAACAUGCUAAACGGAAAGUGUGAAUUUAGCAACAUCAACGGAACUGUUAAAGAUAAUGCUUUUUAUGCCAAUGAGAAUGGCACAAUAUCAGAGGGCAAGUUCUUGCCGUCCUGUCCUGACUGUACCACCAUAAGCUUCAUCAGCCAAUUCAAAAAUGAGACCAUAAAGUCUCUGUACUUUUUCAAGAGAGAGAGCAACCCAACCCAGUCUGACAUGGACACCUACUGGAAGCAAGCUGAGUGUCUUGGAUUCAAAAGAGAAACCCAAUACUCCUAUGAUGGAGUAACAGAACUCUGUGACCAUUCAUCUGACCAGAAGCCAAGUUUGGACAAAUCAGAUCAAUAAUGCAUGCAUACAUUAAACAUUUUUAUGCAAACAAAAUUCGUAAGAGCCACCGUGACAAGAAAAACAACAUGUAAAAGUGAAAUUGAAUAAAGAAUAUUUGC